ACUUAUAUCAGCAGCUUUCCAAAAAAAAAUUACUAUAAUAAUAAUAUAUCUGAUGAUAAUAGUUCUAGUGAAACAAAAAUUAUAUACAUCAACAGAAAAAUGGAUUCUUACAUGUUUGAAGAAAUUGAAUCUACAAGCGAGGACCAUACUUCAGCACAACAGAACGAUCCAAGUGUUCUGUGUAGCUCUGAAAAAAUUUGGGAACCCAUGGAGAUUGUUGUUCUCGAAAAUGUAUUCGACAAAUUCAAGGACAAAGGUCGGCGGGCAGUUCGUCUCAUAACUUUGGAGCUGCAAAAAAAUGGUGUUAUGUGCGACCUAGUUCAGGUUGAACUAAAGCUUCACAAUUUGGGAUUAUUGAGAAACAACUCCUGGAAAGAACCUACUUCUACCAUGCGAGGGCGGAAUUUUUCGGAGCACGAAGACGUGCAAAUUUGUCGUUCGUGGAAGGCUAUAUCAAACGAUCCUACUGUAGGAACAGACCAGGCCCGAUCUACAUUUUGGAUCCGAAUACAGGAGCAUGCCACGCGACACAUUAUCUCCCUAAGAUCCAGAACACCUGAAGCGAUUCGCCAGCGCUUCAACACAAUCCAAAGACAAGUGCAAAAAUAUUUGGAUUGUGAGGCGUUCGCAUACCGCAACAGAAAGAGCGGCACUUCCGAUGAGGAUGUUAUUUCUGUUGCGGUGAAGCGAUUUCUUCAGGAUAAUUGUCUGAAGGAUUUCAAAAUCUACGGUUGUGUGGAAGCCUUAAGGCAUGAGCCGAAGUUCUCUACCAACGUAGGCAAGAUAGACGAUUUUUUGGAAACAUCGUUCAGUCCGGAACCACUUCCAGGUCCUUCACAACCACAGUCUGGUCAAUCGAUAUCCUCGUCUGAGCGACCGUUGGGUAGAAAAGCUGCGAAGGGAGCGGCAAAGGAUCCCCGCAACGAGUUGCUCGCGAGCCUCAUUGACACAAUGGGCAAAAAGGCUGAAGUGUUUAAUAGGCAUGCUAAAGCUUUGGAAGAGACGGCUGCGGUGCAAAUAAUGUCUACACCACUUGAUGGCCUAGAUGAGGUAUCCCGAGAAUAUUUCAGAAUAAAAAAAGCACAAAUACUCAAAGACACUAUACGGGCCCAGGAAAUGUUUGAUAAUAUUAUUGAAGUGGAAUCAGAUUCAGAUUAAAAAAAACUCGAUUUCGAUGAGGUAAAAUAAAUGUUUAUUGUUUGUUCUAUAAUUUUUGUUUUAUUUGAGAUAUUGAGAGAUUUUUAGUUUCGUAUAGAUUGCUCGGAGUUUUCGUCAAUAUCAGCAUAUUUUUCUGUAUCCAUACAUAAAUUUACAAUGUGAAACAAGUUUUUGUCAAACAAAAAUGUCAACAAAUCAAAGGAAAAUUUCCUUUGACUUUGGGAUAAACAUUUCUCAUUUCCUCUAUCAAUGUCAGCAAUAACUUGAAAAAAAAAUUGCAUUUUCAUUUCAUUUUAACUAAACCUUAUUCCAUUGAUUCAAAGCAAUUUGAUUGAAUUUAUUGAAGAAUUGUUUCAAUUGAGCUUUUUGUGAUCCUGGUAGAAUAGUCGAAAUCAUUGUUCUGUCAAAAAGAAUAUUCGUAGAAUUAAUUUUAAGACAAUUAAUCGUGAAACUCAAAACUUAUGCAAUUUUUCUAAUAAAAUGGGUUUUUUCUUCUCAAUUAUUGAGUGUCUGCAAUGAAAGUGUUUCCGUUUUAAAUUUGCUCCUACACCGGUGGGGAGUGGGUGUUUUAGCCGAUUCUAAAAUUUCAAAUUGUGCUUAAACUGGUAUACUUAAAACCAAUAUUUACGCC